CAUGCUGUGGCGCGCUGCUGAUGAUGUUGUUGUCAUCUGCGACAUGUUGCUAGACAUCGGUAGUGAUUUAUCUGUUUUUUGAAGUAUAUCGAUCGUGUUACAAACGGAGAAUGGCAGCAACAGUGGCUCCAGCUAUCAGCCCCACGGAGCCCGACUCGGACCGGUGUGUGAGUGAGGAGGAGAGCCGCGGGGCCGAGGCGGAGGAGGAAAGCACCCAGCAGCCGACGGGCCCCGCGGCCACCGUGAGCCACAGCCGACUGUCCAAACUCCCGCUGUCUCGCAUCAAGUCGCUCAUGAAGACCGACCCAGACGUGUCCCUCGCCAGCCAGGAGUCUGUGUUCAUCAUCGCUAAAGCCACGGAGUUAUUUAUUGAGAUGAUUGCCAAAGAUUCCAUGGUGUACGCCCAGCAAGGAAAGAGAAAAACUUUGCAAAGAAAGGACUUGGACAAUGCAAUAGAGGCCAUAGAUGAAUUUGCAUUUCUUGAAGGCGCACUCGAUUAAAUGCUGCUCCAAAUGACGAGAACAUUGAAUAUCUGCAGCCAUCCAGGAAUCUUUCUUUUUACAGGGACACAGUUUGUUGCGAACACUUUUCUGGUACUAAGUCAGUCUCAAAAUGGAUAUUUACAAAUGCUUUUCUACAAUGUUCCAUUAAGAUUUGUCAUACUUUACUUUCAAGACAUCAGUGGUAAUGUGUACAUUAUUUCUGUAAAUAUUUGUGAAAUACUACUGUACAAUGGAAUAAAUGUAAGUUUGAAAUAA